CAGCUCAUGGUGACCCCACGCUCGAGGUCCGGUCGUAGUCGUCGCUGCCGGCGCCUGCUCUCCCUCUUCUACCUUGAUUGGUCGAGCCCUCGCUGCGCCGACGACUGUGCCUCAGCUGCCGCGACGGCCGGCCGCGACGUGGCGAUCGGAGGCGCUGCAGCCAAGAGCUCCCUUGGCCUCGCCGCGGCCGCGUUCGUGGCCUCGCUCUCGAGCUUCCAGUUUGGCUACGCGACCGGUAUUCUCAACGUGCCGCAGCGAAUCAUCACCACCGACCUCGGCCUGGAUAAAGACUCCAUCUCUUGGGCCGUCGUCGUCUCCAUCUGGGCGUUGGGUGGCCUCCUGGGCGCGCAGGUAGCCGCCGUGGUGGCCGACAGCCGCGGCCGCAGGCCCCUCCUCGCGCUGUCGGGCCUCACCUGCGGUACCUCGGGCCUCGUCGCGUUCUGCGCCGGCACCGCCUCGCUCGCCGCUGGUCCCGAGUCGGUGGGCGGCCGCUCUGCCCUGUGCCUGCUCGUCCUCUCGCGCUUCAUCUCUGGAGGCGGGUGCGGCAUGGCGACGGUCGCGGCGCCCCUCUACCUCGGCGAGAUCGCGACCACCGAGACGCGAGGAGCACUCGGCUCUCUGGCACAGCUCUCAGUCGUGGUUGCCAUCGUGGUCGCGCAGGGCCUGGCCGCGCUCAUCACGCAUCACCUCGGGCUGCACUGGCGGCUUGUGCUCGGCCUGCCCGCCUUCAUCGGCGCCGCGCAGCUCGCGCUGCUGCCGCUCCUGCCCGAGACGCCGCGCUACCUCCUCUCGCGGGGCCUCGCGCAGGGAGGCGAGGCGCGCGGCGAGGCGCGCGGCGAGGCGCGCGGCGAGGCGCGCGGCGAGGCGCGCGAGGCGCUGCGCCUCUUGCGGCCGCGGGGCGGGCAGGCGUCCGAGGCGGUGGAGGCGGAGCUGGCGGCGCUGGAGCAGGAGCUCGGGGCGGGAGCGGGGGGAGGCGGACGGCGAGGCGUCCUCCUUCUCUGGCGCGACUCGCCUUCGCUGCGGCUGCCUCUGCUCAACGCCGCCGCCAUGAUGGUCGGCCAGCAGCUGAGCGGCAUCAACGCGGUCUUCUACUACUCGACGACCUUCUUCUCCUCCGCCGGCCUCGACUCGCCCGUGGCCGGCACGCUGCUCGCGUCGGCCGUCAACGUGCUCGCGAUGCUCGCCUCCUCGGCCAUGAUGGAGUGCGCCGGCCGGCGGCGCCUGCUGCUCCCUCUCGGCUCUAUAUCGGCUGUAGGGAUCGGAGGGAUGUUUCUCUCGAGCGUCGGCGUCACCGCCGCGCUGAUCGGCAAGGCGCGCGCCAGUGCACACCACGAGGACGACUGGUCGCUCAACUGGCUCUCGGUCUCCUUCGUCCUCUGCUUCGUCAUCGCUUUCGAGCUCGGACCCGGCCCGAUCCCGUGGCAGAUCGGCGCAGAGAUCUUCCCCGAGCACGCGCGGGCCGCGGCCAUGUCGGCCGCGGCGGCUCUCAACUGGGUGUGCAACGCGGCCGUCGGCCUCGGCUUCCCUGCGAUGAGCAGCGCCCUCGGGUCGCUCGUCUUCCUGCCCUUCGCCGCUGUGCUGCUGCUGUGGCUGCUCUUCACGGCACGCUUCACGCCCGAGACGCGCGGCAGGUCCGUCGACGAGAUCCAGGUCGAGUUCCGGCGGCUGGCGGCCCUCGGCUCGAGGAAGCCGGCGCGGGCGGAGGGAGACGGCGUCCCCCUCUCCUCCAUCCGGCAGCCACAGGGCUGAGCGAGUCCGAAUUGCGCGCUAUAACACAGGCCCUGCGCUGGGGGCGGCCUCUUGUGGCUGCCUUGGGGCCUCACGUUGUCACCUCGUCUCGCACCGACGUCCGCGAAGAGAGAAGGCGAGAGCCGUGUGCACACAGAGGCUGUGCGCGCGGGGUCCGUCUCUCUCCUCUCGCAGAGGUGGAGUUCCGUGUGUGCUGACUGUGCAGCCGCCCGUGUGCGAGCGAGACAUAGCAUACAUACAACUCUUGUAGGUACUUGUACUACGACAG